AUGUUUAGUUUUAAACCAGUAUUGUUGUUUGCCUCGCUUCUGCAAUUAUUAUCCUUCCUUGGGCUUCUACUGUGCUGCCUGACCUCGCCAGUAAUCAAGACCUGGGGGCUCGCUCAAAUCGGUGGAGUGUUCUACGGUGCUUUUGGUUACUGUCAAUCCGCAGAAGUUGUUUCCUGCUCUCCAGUGCAUUUAAUGUAUAAUCCUUCGAAAGUAACGCAGCCGGGCUUUUCCUUUGAAAAUUGGUGGUUGAAUCCUGGGGCAAGGCAUAUCAUAGGGAAGCUUUUGAUUUCUAUACCGAUAGCUACAAGUUUGACCUUUAUUUGUUUCUUAUUUCUUUUGAUUUUUUUCUUUCUCUACCAGCCUGGAGGAACUUACAUCUCGCUUACCACUUCAAACGCUAUUUUACAGAUGAUGACAUUUCUAUCGACUUUACUUGUCUGUGUCCUCAUUUUAGCUCGAUUUCACCCCUAUACAACCUGGUGCGGCUGGUUAACUCUUCCUUGUUCUUUCUUAUCAUUGAUAGUGUGCGUUUUGUCAGUUUUUGGUUGGUGGAGCGUACGCAACCAAACAGAAACUGUUGACAUGGAAGAAGGUAUUGAAAAUGUAGAGAGCAUCCUCAAACUAUAUGGAGCGAGUCAAACAUCAAGCGUCCUUGAUGAUAAGUCCCCGGAAGCUAUCAAGAGUACUGCUAUUUCUUCUUCUACUCAGUCUAUUUAUGCUAACACAAAUAUUUCUGAUGGCUUACAGAAGACCUUAGACCCUAACCAAGAUAAAGCAAAAAAUUCAAAUCAGGAUGAGCCAUCAUCUGAGAACUAUUUCUCAUUGAAACGGAGGCCUUUGGUUAAUUUUUUUAUUCCCAAAUUGAACAAUGCAGAAAUGUUUGUCAAAAUGGAUACGGGGAAGCAGGAAGAAUUGUCUUUGGAUAGGAUUGACAUGGCUAGCUUUCCUGCAAGGCAAGGAGAAGUGGAAGUGCCUGCAGAAAAAAAAAUGGAAAACAUUCUGUUUUAUGAGGGAAUCUCCAGUCACUCACAGCGCAGCUACGAUCCGCCUUGGUUAUUUGGCGUUCAAGCUGCUCAAGCUGUUAAUGACUUCAAGGCAUAUUCGCAAAACAAUUGCUAUGCCCUAGCUCCUCCACAACGUCAAUUGCACGACCCAAGUAAUUACCAUAAUCAAGAGGGUGUCCCCCAAGAUCCUUCUUUCACGUGGAAUUUGCAACAGAGAUCGAUGGGGUACUAUGGUAAUGACUGCGACUCACAUCCUAUUCCUGGCAUCGACGAACACUCCAACCAGGCAUUUUCACAGGAGUACGGCCUGCAGCAUAUGUUGCCCAAAAAAUACAGACCUGCUUAUAAACAACGGAUUUUUCCCAUAAAAGCCAAUCCACAGCCAGCUUAUUCUUUCUACUAG